AUGUCGGAUGUGUCGAACUCCUUCUCAGCUUGGGAGACCCUGCCGGAGGACGAACCUCCGCUGUGCAUUGCAGUUCGACGCCCAGAGUCACAUCCACGCCACUAUGAGGCGGUAAACCGUUGUGAAGAUCUAUGCGAAGAUGACACGACAAGAGCGGUAAUUGCCACUAUGCAACAACAGGAGGCGCGAAAAAAGCGCAUGGCGUUUGGAGUUCGCGACAGCCGUCGACAAAGCCGAAGGCGGAAGAAGUUCGAAUCGCCGCAGCAGGUUGCUACUGGCGGCGACAAUCCAUUCUCAGCACGAGGCGCCAUACGACGUUUGUCGCUGCGCGAUCGCAGCGGUUUGGCGCCAGCGAGAAUCGAAGCGCAGAAAGAAGGCGCUGAAAUCAUACGAUCGUGGUCAAAGGAGGACUUGAACUCCGAAGUGAAUGCAAUGCCCCAGCCGUUGCACGGCAGCCGUGACUCACCAAACAAGCGGGUACUUAAACAAAGCAAUAAGCCGAAACCGAUGAGCCCAGAUGAAUGGCUGCGUAAACUGGAGACCGGUGGCGACGAUGACGAUGAUGGUGCGCCGCGACGCGGUGGCAGCCAACGAAGACGACCGAAGAAGGGUAAAGGUAAAGGUCCAUCCGAAAUGCAAGAUCUACGGCCGAACGGCGACGCUUCACGACGUGACAAAAAACCAUGCUGUUGCGUGAUUUGCUGA